CACCCAACGACGGCUCAUAUACUACUACUACAUGCUAUGUUCCUUUUUCCAUCGCUGGCUCUCCUACGUAGUCUUGGGGCUUGGAAAAUGAGACCUCUAGGCACCAAGCAAUACAAUUUUUGCUAAGAUGCUAGGUGAUUUUUCAGUUUCCUUUAAACGUUGCUUUGGGUAGUAGAAGGCGUACGUAACGACGCACUCUUGCCUAGCCGCACUUAGGCAUCUCUUACCGAGGAAGAUAACUCCAAUUUGUUCCAAUGGCAGAUCCAAAUGAGUUUCAACACUUUGAGCGGUUCGAUAUGGAGAAUGACUAUGAAGGCGGGCAGUGGAUCAAUGGCGAGUUCUAUUACUCAAAGAAGCGCCAGAAGCGCAUGCAAUCCAAGGAGGAUCAGAUCUACGGCGUGUUUGCGGACGACUCUGACGACUCAGAUGGAGACCGUCGUGGCCGACGCCGUGACCGGGACCGUGACCGCGAUCGGGAUUACACCAAGCCCGUGGGCUUCGUAUCCAGCGGGAAGAUUGUCCAGGACACCAUGAACGCCGAAGAGGAGGAAACCAAUGCGGGGGAGCCAGCAAAGACCUUUGGUCCGCAGCAGCGUCCUGGCAGCAUGGGGCCAACCAGCGAGGAGGAUGAAGAGGCUGACGGCCGGCCCAGCUUCGCCCAUGCGGGCCUGGGGCUAGGCAGCCGGGGCGGAAUCGGGGCGGGCGGAGGCGGCGGUGGCGGUCCGGGCUUGGGCAGCGGCGGCGGCGGAGGCGGAGGGGGCCUGGGUUUCAAGCCAGGGGGGAGUCGCGGAGAUGAGGGCAUGGAGGCGGAGCAGGAGGACGAGGAGGCAGUGAUGCCCACAGCGUUUGGGAAGCGCAUCCUGGAAAAGGCCCAGCGGCGGUUGAAGCAGGAGGCGCAGGCGGCCCGCAGCGAGGCGGCCCAGGCGGCCCGCCGCACCACCACGCUGGGCGCCGACCCCACCUUCGCCUCCUUCGAGAAGCACACCAAAGGCAUCGGGCUGAAGCUGCUGGAGAAGAUGGGAUACAAGCCGGGCGAGGGUCUGGGUCGCAACAAGCAGGGUAUCGCCCGCCCAGUUGAGGCGCGCAUGCGGCCCAAGGGCAUGGCACUGGGUUUCGGAGAGCGCGAGGAGCCAAAGAUGGAGCUGCCCGGGGCGCCGGGAGGGGCGCCGGGACUGGGGCUGGGAGCAGACCGGGCGGCGCGGGAUCAGGAUGGCAAGGCCGGUGCUGCUGCGGGUGCUGCUGCCUCUGUCCCCGCUGCCGGCGCCUGGAAGAAGAAGGCCCGGGAGGCGCGCGUGCGGCGGGAGUACCGCACUGCGGACCAGGUGCUGGCGGAGGCGGCGGAGCGGCCCACGCAGGCCCAGCCCAUCCUGGACAUGCGCGGCCCCCAGGCUCGCGUCAUCACCAACCUGCAGCUCCUGAACCAGCAGGCAGCAGCUGCCCCCGAGGCCGACCGCACGCCCAUGCCCGAGCUGCAACACAACCUGCGGCUGCUGGUGGAGCUGGCGGAGGCGGCUAUCCAGAAGCUGGAUGCACGGCUGAGGCACGAGCAGAUCAUCCCACGCUAUUACCUGUCGUCCCCGGCGCACAGGACACCGCCACGCUGCUGGUGCGCGACAAGCAGCGGCUGGAGGAGGAGGAGCAGCGGCAGGCGGCCGCGGUGGCCCGCCUAGAGGCGGUGACGGCGGAGGUGGAGGCGGUACGGCAGCUGCCCCCGGCGACGCCGCUGCAGGAGCUUGCGGCGUCGUACGAAAGGGUACGGCAAUCGUAUCGCGAGGAGUAUAUCAUGUACGGCCUGGCGCAGACGGCGCUAGCGCAUGUGCUUCCCAGGAUGCAGGCUCUCUUCCGCGGCUGGCAGCCCCUGUCCGAGCCCGCCCGCGGCACCUCCGAAAUGAAGACCUGGAGGGCGCUGCUGCAGGCAGAUACGGCAGCCAGUGGAGGCGGCAUGGGGGGCGGAGAUGGAGAUCCGUACGGCAGCAGCAGUAGCGGUGUUGGCAGCGGUACGACAAAUGAAGAUCCGUACACGUUAUUGGUGUGGGAGGUGGUGCUGCCGCCGCUGCGGAGUGCGGCGCUGAGCGGGUGGGAGGCGCGGGACCCUGAGCCGCUGCUGACGUGGCUGGAGUCCUGGGAGCCGCUGCUGCCCCCCUCCGCGCUGGCGCACAUCUUCGAGAUGCUGGUGCUGCCCAAGCUGCGGCGGGCGGUGGGCGAGUGGGAGCCGCGGCAGGAGACGGUGCCCAUACACGCAUGGCUGUUCCCUUGGCUGCCGCACCUGGGGCAGGCUCUAGACGAGCUGUACCCGCAGAUCCGCCACAAGCUCGACGUGGCGCUGCAGGCCUGGCACCCCAGCGACGGCUCCGCACUGGCGCUGCUGGCGCCCUGGACCCGCGUGUGGCGGGCGGCGGAGUGGGACGCGUUCGUGGCAAAGGCCAUCCUGCCCAAGCUGGCGCUUGCGCUGGGUCAGAUGGACAUCAACCCGGCGGCGCAGCAGCUGGAGCCCUGGGGCUGGGCGCUGAGCUGGCGCGAGGUGGUGAGCCCGCACCUGAUGGCGGGGCUGCUGGAGAGGGCGUUCUUCCCCAGGUGGCACGCCGUGUUGUGUCACUGGCUGUCCGCGGGCGCCAACCUGGAGGAGGUCAGCCGUUGGUACCUGGGCUGGAAGGCGGCGGUGCCGCAGGGGCUGCUGGACCACGAGCGGGUGCGCGCGCAGUUCAAUGCGGCGCUAAACACCAUGAACGCUGUGCUUGAGGACGGAUUGCUGCCACCUCAGCCACCCGGCGCCGCUGCCUACGGAAUGUACGGCGGCGUACCCCCGGGUGGCGUCGGUACGGCAGAGGCUAGCGGCUAUGCAACCGCCGCCGCCGCAGCAGCGGCGGCCGCCGCUGCCGCAUCCAGUCGCGACCUCACCCUUCGUGACCUGGUCAUGCGGUUUGCGGAGGAGAAUGGUGUGUUGUUCCAACCCAAGGCGGGUCGCAUGUACGAAGGGCUUCAAGUGUACGGAUUCGGAAGUGUAAGUGUCGUACUUGACAAUACAAGCGGUGUCGUACGAGCGCAGCUGGGGCCCCGUUGGGCGCCUGUGUCGCUGGAUCAGCUGUUGCAGCUGGUUAUGGCGCGGGGUAGCAAGUAGUGGUGGUGAUGGUGAGGAGGAUGAGGGUGGCAGGUGUUAGGGUCUUUGGUUAGGAUGUUUUGCGAAGUGCAUUGUGUUGGUUUCCAAGGCAGCCAUUAGCACAAAGGAUUGGGUGUUUGGAGGCAGAAUUAGAGGACUAGGCGGGCUCCGAAGGGUUCCGGAUGUGCAUUGCGUCGGGAACAGGGCGACUAGAAUGAGAAUGCAGAUGGAUGGAAUGUCUUGACAUUCUACGCUGCUAGGGGCAGGGCAUUCUGCCUGGUGUUUUUGGGGUGAGGGCGGACAGUAUGGCACGUCAGUAUCUAUAAACGAACGAGAGCUGAGAGGUACGAGAGAGGGUGUGUGUGUCGUUACGUGAGAGGUAGACUGAGAGGUAGACAGGAUUUAUCAGGUGCAAGCACUUGUGUUAUAAGCGAAGUAGCGAACGAGUUUUGUCGUGGUGGGGCAGGAACCGCGUUGCGGGUUCCAUCAGGCUGACGGUAGCGGCGGUUAGCAGGAUGCACAAACAGAGUUCGCUAGUCGGGGUGUCUUUGCGCGUUAUGUGUGCUUGUGCGCUGUAUACGACCACGGUGCUAGCCAAUGCCUAUACCCCUUAACGUCUAAAUCACCUAAGUGAAAGCAUUCCACAG